AUGGAAACGUCAGUUCUAUCAGUUCAUCAAAAGAAAAUGUAUGGAAUAAUAAAAAAAGAUUCGACUGAAUUUAUUUUCAACUCGAAGAACUUUAAAUCUGAUAACUCUGUUGAAGAAGAUAUUGAGUUUGCUAUCAAGAUCAAUCGAUGGCUACUAAGUCCUCUAGGGAUUUGGCCACAUUUAUCAGAACCUUCAUUUAUUGAAAAGUUUACAAAAAUUGUAACUAUCAUAAUCUGCUCAUUAUUAAUGGCAUUCAUCAUUAUCCCAGGAAGUCUUUUUACUUUCGUCCAAAUUAAAGAUCCAGCAGUGAGACUAAAGCUUACAGGAGCAUUAAGUUUUUGUGUGAUGGGAAUUAUGAAAUAUUGUUCACUUGUUUUAAAGCAUCAAGACAUCACCAAUUGCUUCAAUUAUAUUAUCUUUGAUUGGCAUAAGGUUAAUUCAGUUAGUGAUCGAGAGAUCAUGAUAAAGUAUGCACAAUUCGGUCGGUAUGGUUCUAUUAUUUGUGCUAUUUUUAUGUAUGGAGGUGGAUUAUUUUAUGCGGGAAUUUUACCUCAUGUAUCUGCCAGUGUGAAAAAUGAACACAAUAUAACAAUUCGUCCUUUAGCUUAUCCAAGUUACUAUAUAUUUUUUGAUCCACAAGAGAGUCCAGCUUAUGAAAUAACUUUUUCAAUUCACUGCUGUUGUGCUUUUGUGAUGCAUUCAAUUACUAGUGCAGCUUGUAGUUUAGCAGUAGUUUUUGUAAUGCAUGCAUGUGGACAAUUAGAAAUUUUAAUUGGUUGGCUUAAUGAUCUUGUAGAAGGUAAAAGGGUCAAUCAAGGAACAAAUGAUAGAUUUUCUAAUAUCAUUAAGCAACAUGUCAAAACUCUCAGAUUCAUUGCUUGCACAGAAAAUGUAUUAUGUGAAAUUUGCCUGGUGGAAGUUGUUGGAUGCACUUUGAAUAUUUGUUUUCUAGGGUAUUAUUUGAUGCUGGAAUGGGAGCAAGCUGAUGCAAUAGGAAUAACGACUUAUACAAUUCUUUUGAUAUCAUUCACAUUUAAUAUUUUUUUAUUUUGUUACAUUGGAGAAUUAUUACGUGAAGAGUGCAGAAAAGUUGGAGAAACAUCAUACAUGAUCGACUGGUAUCAGUUACCAGAAAAAAAAGCACUUGGAUUAAAAUUGACAAUUGCAACAGCCCAAAAUCCAGUUACUGUAACAGCUGGAAAGCUUGUGGAACUCUCUUUACAUAGUUUUUGUACUGAAUGGAGCCAAAAUGAUGCAGGAGGAAUGACGACGUAUAUUCUACUAUUGAUAUCUUUUAUAUUUAAUAUUUUUCUUUACUGUUACAUUGGUGAACUGCUCACAGAUAAGUGUCUCCAAGUAUACAAUGCUGCAUACUAUGUGGACUGGUAUGAUUUACCCAAUAAACUAGCCUAUGGAACUGUUCUGACAAUUCUGAUCUCACAAAAUUCCAAUCCAAUUCGAGCGGGCAAAUUGAUCAAUCUUUCACUUUACACUUUUGGAACUAUCAUUCGUACUUCGUUAGCAUAUUUAAACAUAUUACGGAAUUUUAUGGAUUCAUUUUUAUUUCUACCUGGAGUCUAUCUUAUAAAGCUAGUUAAUGGUAUUGGAGUAAAAUUUCGUCUUGGUGGUCCAAUAAGUUUUUGUACGAUGGCAAUGAUAAAAUAUUUUUCUUUGCUAACUGGGCUUGAUAAUCUCAAAAAAUGUUUCUCACAUUUAAUAACUGACUGGCAUAAUGUUACUUGUCCACAUGAUCGAGAUAUCAUGAUCAAAAGGUCUCAACAAGGUCAUUUUGGUGCAUCAGUUUGUGCUUUAUUCAUGAGUGGUGGUGCAUUAUUUUAUGCAUUGAUUUUACCAAAUAUAUCAGGUGGUGAUAAAAGCAUUAGUAACGUCACAGCAAGACCUGUGGCUUAUCCAAGUCAUUUUGGAUUUUUUGAUGCACAAGCAAGUCCAGCUUAUGAAAUAGUGUUUUUCAUUCAUUGCUGUUGUUCAUUCACAAUGCAUUCAAUUGCUAGUGUUGUCUGUGGUAUUGCUAUUGUUUUAAUCAUGCAUGCAUGUGGACAAUUAGAAGUCAUUAGUUUAUCAAUGGAAAAACUAGGAAAUGAUACAUCUGAGAUUGCUGAUGUGGAAAAAAGAUUUUCUCAAAUUCUUCAGCAUCAUGUCAGAACCCUAAGUUACAUUAAUAACGUUGAUCAACUUUUAUGCAAUAUAUGUCUUGUUGAUGUGAUGGGAUGCUCUUUGAACCUUUGCGUGGUUGGAAGUGGUCUGAUUUUGCAAUGGGGACACUUUGAUGCUAUUGGCAUUAUAACAUAUUUUCUUUUAGUAACAUCUUUCGUGUUGAACAUAUUUGUGUUCUGCUAUAUUGGUGAACUUCUAACUGAACAGUGUGAAGAAGUUGGUAAAAAAUUGUAUAUGAUUAAUUGGUACGAUUUACCACGGAAAAAUGCCUUACAUUUGAUUCUAACAAUUUUCAUGGCUCAAAGACCAGUGAUAUUGACAGCAGGGAAAUUUUUUGAUCUCUCUCUUAAUAGCUUUUGUGCUGUAAGUUUAUUUAAGCAGAAAAUGAUUGAGCAUCAUUACUUAUAUUAUAUAUUUUUUAUAGAUUAUACGAGCAGCAGUAGCAUACUUAAAUUUUACACGUAA